AUGUGCUCCGAGUAUACACUUGACUUGAUUGUCCUGUCGAAGUAUGUGUUGGCGGCGAAGCGAGAGCUCAAACACCAAGACCCGAAAUCGGCGCCAACUGACCUGGAGUGUCUACAGUGUAUCCUCCAGGAAAAGCUUCAUGGAAGCACUGUGGCAGACAGCACGAGUGACGAAGUUAGCUGGUUCAAUGAGACGGAUCGGUUGCUUCCAGGUAUCGUGAGUAGCGAGCCCGGCACGGGAGAUGGACACGGUCAAAUGGUGGUGAUGCGUGUGUAUGAAAAAGAGGAACAGCGUAGCAUGCAGCACUGCUUGCACCAAGCGAUGAAAAAGCUCGAAAUCCAUGACGGGUCUGCCGACAUGCGUCCGCUGUUUUCCGUGGUGUCUGACAACGGCUGGAAGAGGCAGGCCGGCCACGACCGGCGGGGCAGCCGCCGCACAGCGUCUCUCUCUUACGCCGACCUACUGAACGUGCCGAUGAUACUCAUAUUGUGCGACAAGGGAAGAACGGGCGAUACGUUCCCGCACUCGCUCGACUGCUUCGACCUGCGAAUUCGAACGGCCGAACAAAGCUUUUCAACCUUCGAACAGGAGCUCGGGCGCCUCUGCCGAUACCAAACCUUCAUGCCAAUCGAUGGUGGCGAAACAACGGAGUGCUCACACGCUUUCCGUCGCAAGCGCGUGCUGAAGGCGCAUCCGAACGUCCGUGUGGAGGAGAGUGCGUUCCGGCUGCCAACGAUGCUCAUCACCACGAGAGUAAUGGGUAUUGUCCACAAUGCCGUUAACGAGCACAGAAAGACAAAUACGCCCAUCUCGAAGGACAAAACAGGCACAAGAAACGAGCGCCGUCUGGUUCUGUCAGCGGAGUGUCAAGUUGGCAAGACGGGAGCGUACCUCCACUACCUCAAAAUUCUUAAGAGAGCGGCCAGCCCUAUCGCUACCCCGCCGCCGCCGUUUCCCAUCUUUGCAUCGUCCGGGGAUGUCGUCAGCUGGCUUCUCCCACACUGGCGAAUGCUCUCCAACACGAGACCCUUAAGCGAAAUGUAUGGUAGCCUCUUCGCUGGCAAAUACACGGCAGGGGUCGCGAAUAGCCGGGCGUAUCUCGUGGUGCAAAGUUGCAAGCGUGAUCGGUGGGUAACCAACUUCCAGGAGUUCCUGCGCAAUGUGUUGGCGCACAAAGUGCAGGGUGAGACAAUCAAGAACGAGGCGGGCAGAAGGCGCAUUGCAGGGUUAGAGCCGAGGCUAGAAGCCCCGUUCGAUGCGGAAGCACGGGCUAUCGGAACCGAGGCUUCCUAUGCAUCCCUAAAAGCGGCGAUUGACUGGGUCGGGAGGUUUCACACGAAUCAUGGGGUACAGCUGUGCGAGAUGACGUUGUGGCGAAGCAGCCUCCGAAGGCCUGGAACAAAGGGAAUGGCAGCCAGAAAAAGUAAACACCCCUUCCAAUACCGUGCAGACAGCGCGCUCCAAGGCCUUGCCGUGUCCACUCCGCACUCAUUGAAGGGGGGCAUAAAGGAGCUGCUCCGCAGCAAGGAAACGACGAGAUGGGUUUUUACGCCGUCGUUCAACCGAUUCCUCCCAGGCCCACGGCAGGCACUCCUGGAUCGAUCCGAAGCUCUGCCGAAACCCCUCGGCGGUUUGGAUGUGGGGCCCAGGCAAGAGCACGAUAGAGACGUUAUGGUGUGGGUUAACCGGGCUCACAAUCGGUGCUCAAGGUCCAUGUUCAAGAGCUCGUGGACGCACUUCGGGGAUCACUACGUGACAAUGGAACUGCCGAUGUCCAUGCCAAGCGACGAGUCGCCAAGCUCCAGGUGUUCUCCGAAAGAAGGGGGAAUCGGAUACACCCGGCAUUUCAUUCGGCGGUGGUCGCAGGCCAACGAACUACCCUUCGCCUGGAUGCUGGACGACAAUGUCCAGCUGUGCCAUGAGCUCGAUGUGGGCAAAGAACAAGCGAAGUGCCAACCGUGCAGCUUCACGCAAGUCAUGAACUCCCUUGAACGACUCAAGUUAGCUGAAGACAAAAAUGGAAUUCGCGUCUCAACAGCCUCAGACAAGGAAGGCAGUACAAGAGAUGUCCUCGAGUACGUGAAGGUUGACGGGGUUCGAGGCGAGGCCUGUCCUCGCGAAUCAGACCUACUAGGUGGGGAUACCCCGAAACAGCCACGUGCGGUUGGCCAGAAGAUCACCACCGUGGGAGACUUGUGCGGUCAUCCUGGCCAUUUCGGAGUUCUAGGCAUUGCAAGGCAUGGGUAUGGCUGCACAAACAACAAGGAGGUCAGAGAAUCCUUCGGCGUCACCCACAGCGUGUAUUCCUUCUACCUGCUGAACGUGGCCAGCACAGUCUCCAAGGGGGCAGCACCCAAUGAAACCCCUCUGGGAGGACAUCGAAUUCAACCACAUCAUCGACGAGAAAGGCCUGGUGGUAUGCAAGAUCCGAAAGUUCUCUCAUUCGAAGAAAAGCCUCCAACCCAUCCAGCCCCGCCAGCCUCGCCCGCCACCGAUAUCACCUCCGGCACGUCGGCCGCCGCUUGUCUCCUGUCCGGAGUUCCAGCACGAAGAUAUCGAUUUGGAUGA